CGAGCCACAAGUCAGCAGCCGAGACCUGCGGCGCAUCCAUGGCAUCGUUUGAGGGGGAGGCUUAUGGGGCAAUCAGUUGCAAGGCCAAUGCGGUGCUGCCUCAGUACACGACCCAGCAACAGUCGAGUUUUUUCGUUGCCGAGUUGAUGAAAAUACGAGCAGAAGUGCGCGAGCAAGUGGCCUUGUUGCAUGCCAAGAUUGAUGCAGCCACUCGAUUGCACUCUGAUGCCCAGUGCACCCUGAAGAACAUGGCUUCUGAGCAAGUUGAAACACAAAAGCAUCAACAGCACGUUGCAGCUGCUUCCGACAAGAUCCUGAGGUCUUUCGCGCAAGACUUUGAAGCUCGGUUGGGAAUGGUCGAACAGCGCGUCGCGUCACACCACUCGUUGCAAACCAUGAACGAGGAUUUGAUGCGACUAAAGCUUUCAGACAAAGACGCUUGCAACCACAACACCGAUCAUCGAUAUCACGAUAUUGCGGCGCAAGUGGAGGCGACGGAUCGUCGAGUUGCAUCGCUCUGUCGAGCUCAUGAUGCGUUAGCAGAGCAGCUCCGACAGGCUCACGCGAAGUGGACGACGUAUUACAGCGACCACGAUUUACGAAUAGCACAAACAUUUGACUUAGCCAACGCUUUGAGCAGUGGACAAACCUUGCUUGAGGAGAAGCACGCGCUGGAGGCGCAGGUCGUGGCGUCACAGCUGAACAAAAUGUUUCAGCGACUGCACGACAUGAUGGACAAACAAAACGCCGGUCACCAAGGUCUUGAACGUUGCCUGGAGAAUGUUAACUCGGAGCUGGCGACGAUGCAGACCCUCCAUGACGUCCAUGCAGCGGAAAUGCGAGAUCAAGUGACUGCCCUUCGGCGGCAGUGCCAUCAAAAUUCAACGGCCCUCCGCCUUCUUGCGGACGAAGUCGUCAAGCUCAAACGUGCAAAGGCCGAGGAAAUUCGGCGCAUGCAGUGCGACAAAUCCAUUCCACCUCGACCGACUGGCAGGCGGCAUAGCACCCUUCCUGGCGACAACGACAAGGAAUUGAUGGCCGAGCUCGACCACGCCCUGAGGCACACGUCGUUCACGACGCCGUGUUUUCCGAACCACGAACGACUGCACGGCGGCCGCGAUUCGCUUGAUUUAAAUUAAGAUGGAUAUGUUGGUAUCAUCACGGGGUUGUGCUACUCGCCCAGGACAACACCGGACACGCCGCCGAGAGUGUGGACGGGCGUCCCGACCAUGCUCUUAAACCAGCAGGUGCCGCCGUCAGCAUGUCUGUCCAGCUUGGUCCAUGUGAAGGCUUUGCAUCUUUUGUGCUUGCUGCACAGCCCACAGCAGAGCGCGGGAUUCGCGGCUAGGACCGAUCCGCAGUCGUACCCGACAAACUCGACGUGUUCUUCUGGAAGCGAACACGUGCUCUUGGCUUCGUGGGAGUGAAAGAAACAUCGAGGUACGUUUCCCUUGAGCUUCUUCUUUAGAUCGGCGACAAUCUUGGACAUGGCGUGCGCGACGUUUUCGCAGCCCCCACAGUGGUGCAGCGCAAUGACUUUGUGGUCUACCCGGCCAAAGACUGGCGACCCGGACGACCCGCCCCGUGUGUCGGCCAUGUAUCCCACUUGGUCCUUGCCGCACUCGUUGUGGACUGACACGCUCGUCACGACGGUCUCGGUUCCGUUUUCAAGGCGGUCCGUAAACGCUUUGGGAAACCCGUCCGGGUGAUGGAUGACGUAAAUGGGCUCGUGCAACGUGGGGGCUGUUUUGCGAAGACUGAGGUAGCCAAAUUGGGCAACGCGCGCUCGAUUUCGAGGACUCAAUUGGAGCAACGAGUAGUCGAGGGUUUCGUCAGUGGCAAGCAAAUUGGCCCCCGUGACCACGACACUGCCAGGACACCCUAACGCCACCGAGUUGCACGGGUCGCGACAAGUGGCGCUCUCGGCGCCGAAUUCAAACUUGAGCGUCGACGCACUUGCUUUCGUGUUGACGUUGUGGUUGUUGGUGAGGAAAUAUCCAUCGCACCCGACCAAAAACCCUGUGCCGUACUUGAUUCCGUCCAUCGUGAGCCGUGCAAUGGACUUGGAGUUUUUGUACGCGUCGGGGAGCUUUGUGGCGUUGCACACAUUCGGCCACCACUGCGGCUGGACUCCGCACACGUCUUCUCGGCCUGUCGAAGAUGGAAACCCUUCGAGCACCGCCGUGAUCGUAAUGCCUUCGUGCGAUGUCGAUGCAUGGGAGUGGCCUGGUGUGUACAAGAAUUCCAACGCAUUGCCAUGGACGUUGUCCGAGAAGUGACUCGAUGGACCAUGGCCCGAGUACGUGAAGCUGUUGCUAUCCGAGAACACUUGAAGCGAGUCGCCAGGGGCCAGGUCAAAUGUUGAGAAGCGCAGCCCCAUGAACUGUGUCUGCGACUUGGUCGCCACGAUGCGGUGAUGGACGCGCUUGCCCACUGGGAUCGACAGUGUGAUGUUGACAAGUUCAC